GGCAUGCUACAUUUAUGUUGCAAUCGUCACGAUGCUUGCACGCGUUGGUCUUAUAGUAUGUGUUGGGAUAUCCCUAACUUGUGCGAGUCCUGUGCCUCAAAAAAAUGAUGACCCAGAUCUCGGUGUUGUAGGUCGAACCACACUACCAUCAGAUGAAAUUUACGAACAAGCAACUGAGUUAAACACUGAGGACCCACUUGCAAAUAGUGCUGAUCAGGCAAGCAAUCCAUCAGUAGCUCAAGAGGGUGGAAAUGAAAACGAAGCAGAAUCGAAUACUGAAAUAAAUGAGACUGUUAACAAUAAUGAGCGCAGUGAAACUGAAUCUGAGCCUGAGAACAGUAAUAAUAAUGAAAGAUCAGAAUCGACGGUAGGGACUAAUGAGCCUCCUAUUUUCGAGGAUAGUGACGUAAAAUCUGAAGGUAAAGAAAAUGAUCCAGGAAAUGCUCAUGAAGACCCAGUUCGUAGAAGUGAUGAAGACGACUCAGAAAAUGAUGAUGGACAUCACGAAUCAGAUGAUCAACAUGAAAUUACUCUGAAUGUCAUAAAAAUAAAUGACGUCACUCUAAGGGUUUACAGAUCACCGGGGUAUUAUGAGUAUGUCGUGUGCCAAGAAAUUAAGAAGCAUGACCGGAGUAUAGAAAAAGCUUGCUUUACUUCAUCACUAAGUCCGUAUCUCUAUGAUUGGGAAUUCAAUAAACCUAGAGAGUUAGUGGCAGUGUUUCCCAUACAUUUAAACGGACAAGAUUUCACUUGCCAGGAAAUAAUAAGCGUUAUAAAAGGACCACUUCAAAUCCUAUGCGCUUCAAAUGAGGGACACUUUUUGGACCGAUCGCCAGGAGUCGUCAACAGAUAUAUACCUAUAGGUAAUUAUUAAUUCAAACGAUACUG